AUGUACCCGAACCAGAGACAACGCCCACAAAGAGGAGGAGGACGACGACAACAACAACAACAACAACCGUCUGCAAACCCACGGCAAUCAUCUGCUCCCGGACAGUCUUCUUCUUCUCCGUCUGCGUCUGCAUUUGCCCGAGGCGUGGCUUUAAUCAGCCCGAGAGGUAUUCUCAAUCAGUCCAGACGAUUUUUCGAUGACUAUCAGAGACGACGAGAGAGAAUCGGUUUUGGACGACAACCGAGGUAUCGUCCUUUGUUGGCGAGAGAAGAGUAUCAAGACGGCAGCGGGUUUCAAACGCCGAGAUUUUUAUCCAGCUGGUUGAGAGGUCCGGGUGGAGUUUUAUUAUUGUUCUCGAUCGUCUCUUUGUGGUUUACCAUGAGAACUUUGGAUCAGUUCACGCACCAAACGCACGUCGACCACCGAGACAAACACGUCUCGAGGAAGUUUUGCGAAGAGAGGAACGAACGCGCACCUUUGAUUUGCGCGCAUGGAGGAUUGCACGGCGGCGUCGGGCAAGAAAAAGGCGCGUCGUUUCCAAACACGGUAUCUGCUUUUGUCGCCGCGAGUAGGGAAGGAUUCGAGUGCGUGGAGGUGGACGUCUCGAGAACGCGAGAUAACGAGUUGGUGUGUUUACACUCGCGAGAGUUGAAAGCGAUUACGAAUAAUAAGUUUGAGAGAGUGCAAGACGUGACUUUAGACGUCAUACGAAUGCAUGCGAAGAAGAAAGGCGUUUGGAUAUCCACGUUUAGAGAGGUUGUUGACCAAGUCGUAAACAGAGGGUUUAAACAAGUCACGAUUGACGUGAAGGACGACCCGAAAGCGGGAUGGUCGGGAUUACCGGAACAAAUAUUCGAGACUGUUUUUGCGGAAGAUAGUAGCAAUCAUAACGGGGGUGGUAGAAGUAGCAAUAAUAAUAAGCAUAAUAGUAAGAGAAGUUGCGAAGAGUGCGUAUUUUGGGGAAAAACAGACGCGAUGUUGAGGAAAUUCAUAGAAUUCGACGGCGGUAAACACAAAGUCGGGUACACGGUGGCGAAUUUCUCCCGUGCGUUGAGAGACGAAGGGUACCACGAAUUGAGCAUAAACAGACCUUUAGGUGCGUAUUGCGUGGCGAUUCAAUCGGAAAUGGCUGAAGAAGAGAAACUCGUUCGAGACGCGAACGAUAAGUUAGGUUUAAAGACGUUCGCGUGGACCGUAAGCGACGCUCGAAGAGUGCGGAAGUUGGCGAACAACAACGUCGACGGCAUAGUUACGGACGAUCCGUUGAUCGUUCGAAACGUGUUCGAGAAGAUGCGAAGGGACUGUUUGAGAGGUAGCCACCACGUCCGCGACGAGCGUUUGUGA